AUGGUCUUCAGCAGAAGCGAACAUCUUGCCAGGCACAUCAGGAAACACACCGGCGAGCGACCCUUCACUUGCCACUGCGGCAAGCAGUUUUCGCGUCUCGACAACCUUCGCCAGCAUGCACAGACCGUCCACGCCGACAAGCAAGAGCAGAACGAGCGCAUGAUGCACGAGCUCACCUCCCUCCAUGCCAGCAUGACCGCCGCUAACAAGGGCUCACAGCGCAGCAAGCGGGCACAGGCCUCCCUCGCUGCCUCCCAACCCGCUGCCGCCUCUGCUUCCCUUGCCGGAACCACCACCCCCAUGGCCGCCAUCAAGCAGGAGGACGCGCUCCACGCCCUGCCUCCCGUCGUCCACCAGCGCCCGGGCACCAGCACCGGCUACGAGGGCUCCGGCCUCUACCCCGCCAGCACCUGGCACGUCCAGACGUCCGACGUCGACCGGCCCAGCCUUCGCCCGACCAACAGCCAUUCCUUUCGUGACCCCGGCCAGUCCUUUCGUGCCUCCUCGUCUGCACACCCAGCCCCCGCUUCUCCCGCCAACCAACACCCCGGCCAGUCCUUUCUCGUCCCCUCCUCCGCCUUCAGCUUCAGUCUCCCCGAGCUCGUCGGUGGGGUUCGCCCCGGAUCCGGCGGCGGCCCUCCAUCAGCGCCCGAGUCCGCCCCACCCACACUCCCAUCCCUCGCUGCCGUCGUCUCCUCCGCCCUCCCUGCCUCCCUCGCUCGCCCGUUCCCACCACCCACAGCCCCCGCCGUCGCCGCACACCAGCAGCCACUCACACACUCACACGUACUACCCCUUCCCACCCCAAGCGGGCCAUAUGGUCAUGGACGGCGUCCCAACACUGCCGCUCGUCCCGGGACCGCACCCGCCUCAUACUACUACCCACCAAAUGCUUACGCCUCCGCUGCAGGACUACACGGCCUGGGGGCGUCUCACGUCGAGCUAUCCCUUCCACCAUUUGGACGCAGCGGCGGCGGCCUCGAGUCACUUCCACGACUCACUCCGGGCGGAUAUGUCGAUGUCGGAGACGACCGCGAGCCAACGUCUCCCACAGGCGCAUUCGGGGACUCUCCAUUUUCCUUCCACGCACCUGCAACAACAACAACAUCAUCAUCAUCAGGCGCGCCGGUCUCCUACGAACCAUAUUAUGGCGCAGGGAGUGCCCUCAACCCUCGCAAGCG